UCCUAGGAUGCUACUGGUACAUUUACAGCCUUCCAUAGGCAAAACCCCCCUCACCAAGGAAUGGUGUGUGUAACUCCUCCAUGACAGCUUUACCCAGUAGCUUGAAACGGCUGUCACAGCUAAUUGCUCCACCACGAAUUCAUUGAUCCAACGGUAACCUACAAACAUUCUUGUGUAUAUAUACACGACAACACGAUCACGCACUCCUUAGUUCGAUCGUGUCUCUCUCCUCACCUCACUCGCGGACGCUUCGUCUUCUCUACACGGAUCAAGCAGCUAAUCCACCAUAGAUCUCUCUCUCUCUCUCUAGUCCGGCGUGUGUAGUGGUGUACUAGCUAGCUAGCUACUAGUAGAAGCGUACGCGUAGUGGAAAGGCAAUGACGCGGCGUGUCGCCGGCGUGGCUGCGGCGGCGGCGGCCGUCGCCGCCGCCGUCGUGGUUCUUGCGGCGGCGAGCUGCUGCGAGGCGCGCGACUUCUACGUGGGAGGGCGCGACGGGUGGACGACCAACCCCGCCGAGCCGUACAACCGGUGGGCGGAGCGCAACCGCUUCCAGGUCAACGACCGCCUCGUGUUUAGGUAUAACAAGGAGGACUCGGUGGUGGUGGUGAGCCAGGGCCACUACGACGGCUGCAACGCCACCGACCCGCUCCUCCGCGACGCCGGCGGCGACUCCACCUUCGUCUUCGACAGCUCCGGCCCCUUCUUCUUCAUCAGCGGCGACCCCGCCCGCUGCCAGGCCGGCGAGCGCCUCAUCGUCGUCGUCCUCGCCGUCCGCGGCAACGCAACCGCCACGCCUACCACCCCCUCGCCGCCGCCGCCGCCAACCGUUCCGGCGGCCCCCACCCCACGCCCGUCUCCGCCGCCGCCGGCCGCGGGAACGAACGGCACGGCGAGGGCGCCGUCGCCACCCGUUCCAGCACCGGCCCCUGCAGGCUCGCCGCCGCCGCCGCCACCUCCUCCGGCUGGGGGAAACUUCACGGCGCCGUCUCCGGCUGGAGGGAUGAACUUCACGGCGCCGGCGCCGGGGACGAACGGGACGGCGGCGCCGCCGCCGCGGCCGUCGUCGGCGCCAUCAGUGAGGGGUGGUGCCUUGCUGAUGCUGCUCGUCGUCGCGACAGCCGGAGCAAUGGCUCUCGUUUGAUUUGUUGGUCGAACGGUCUAGCCUAGCUAGUUGCAAAUUAUGUUUCCUUUUUUGCAUGCAUUGUGUUUUUGUUUUUGUUGGUAAUUCGUGUCAGUUUGCGUUUGAAUUCGGUAGGAUUUGAUCAUCGGGCCAAAAUAAUUCAGAUUGUUGCUUUGCUUAGUCGUCAAAAUUAAUCUCUCAUCUGUAGCAAGUGGAGAUAUAUGUGUAAUGUUUUGAUUCAUAGGUAAUUGCAUUAAAGAAAUGUUGUUUAUGCGUUUUUGCUCGAUCAA